UCUCUCUCUCUCUCUCUCUCUCUCUCUCUCUCUCUUCCUCCUUGUGCCGUUCCCUCGCGCACGCCUCCUCGUCUUCAUCUUCUUCCUCCUCCUCUUACCCGUAACACUCCUGUCGCGCGCACCGGAGUCGCGGGAUGUCGGUCCCCGGCAGGAAAGACUUCGACGUGAAGCAGAUCUUGCGCAUCCGCUGGCGUUGGUUCGGCCACGCGAUGUCCCCGCCUCUGGUGGAGGAGCUGCUCUCUAGAACCGGAGACCUCCACCGUCACCAUCAGCACAACCGUCCGCACGCGCUCGGGAGCCCGGACGCCGCCUCGGCGAGCAGCGCAAGCGCCCACGUUAACUCUCCCGUUAGCGUAAACCGAAAUAAGUUGAGCGCCUCCGCGUGUGCUCUUCCUCCUCCUCUUCCUCCUCCUCCUCAUCGCUCCACGAGCCAGCAGGAGUGCGGAAGCACCGCGUUCACGUCUCCGUCUCACUCCUGCUCCGCAUCCGACGUGACCUGCGAGGGCACCGAGCAACGUAACGGCACCACGGGCGAAGACGCGGAGAACAACAACACCACCAAAGGGGAGAGCGAAUCGAGCUCGUGCAGGACAUCAAACAGCAGCACAACUCUGUCCUCAUGCGUGUCCAUGGAGCCGUGUGUGCCUGAUGAACUCUUCCAGUCGCACAGCCACGCUGAACACACCUUCAAGCGCAUGGAGACCUACCUGAGGACCCGCAAACUGUGUGACGUGGUGCUCGUAGCCGGGGAUCGCAAAAUACCUGCGCACAGGUUAGUCUUGUCCUCCGUGUCCGAUUACUUUGCAGCCAUGUUCACCAGCGACGUCCGAGAGGCCAAGCAAGAAGAGGUGAAAAUGGAGGGUGUGGACCCAGAUGCAUUGUGGGUGUUGGUGCAGUAUGCAUACACGGGGCGGUUGGAGUUGAGGGAGGACACCAUCGAGUCUCUGCUGUCGGCGGCGUGUUUGCUGCAGCUCUCAGCCGUAGUUCAGGCCUGCUGUAGCUACCUGAUGAAGCAGCUGCAUCCGUCCAACUGCCUGGGAAUCCGUUCAUUUGCCGACGCUCAGGGCUGCCAGGAUCUGCACAAAGUGUCACACAACUACACCAUGGAACACUUCUUGGGUGUGAUGAAGAAUCAGGAGUUUCUGCUGCUCCCAGCGUGUGAGGUGGAGAAGCUCUUGGUGUCUGAUGAUAUGAAUGUUCCGGAUGAGGAGACGGUGGUGUCAGCUCUGUUCAGCUGGGUGCAGUACGAUUCUGCAAACCGUCAGUCACAGCUUCCAGCAUUGCUUCAACACGUCCGCCUGCCUCUGCUCAAACCCCAGUUUUUAGGGGACAUGGAGUCCAACCUAUUGCUGAGGGACAGUGUUGAGUGCCAGCGCUUGAUCAUGGAGGCCAUGAAGUACCACCUGCUGCCUGAGCGCCGCCCACUGCUGCAGAGCCCAAGGACACGGCCACGAAAGGCCACCGUGGGGACGUUGUUUGCCAUCGGAGGCAUGGACGCAACCAAGGGAGCGACGAGUAUGGAGCAGUACUGCGUACGGCGAGACACGUGGAGGCAGGUGGGUGUGCUGAGUGGGCGGAGACUGCAGUUUGGUGUAGCAGUCAUCGACCAGCGGCUCUACGUAGUCGGUGGACGUGACGGCCUCAAGACCCUUAACACGGUGGAGUGCUACAACCCGCGCAGCAACACAUGGAGCGUCAUGCCUCCCAUGGCCACGCACCGCCACGGCCUUGGUGUAGCUGUGUUGGAAGGCCCCAUGUACGCAGUAGGAGGUCACGAUGGUUGGAGUUAUCUGAGCACAGUGGAGCGCUGGGAUCCUCAGGCCAGGCAGUGGAGCUUUGUUGCUUCAAUGGCCACACCACGGAGCACAGUGGGCGUCGCCGUGCUUAACAGCAAGCUAUAUGCAGUAGGAGGGAGAGAUGGCAGCUCGUGUCUGAAGUCAGUAGAGUGUUUCGAUCCUCACACUAACAAAUGGAGUGCAUGUGCUCCCAUGGCCAAACGCAGAGGUGGCGUUGGCGUGGCAACCUGGAAUGGCUUCCUCUACGCCAUCGGCGGCCACGACGCCCCCGCAUCCAGCCUCGCAUCCCGGCUCUCUGACUGUGUAGAGAGGUACGAUCCGAAGACGGACAUGUGGACGGCUGUGGCCCCGAUGAGCGUCAGCAGGGAUGCCGUGGGGGUUUGUUUACUCGGAGACCGACUGUACGCUGUGGGAGGGUAUGAUGGUCAGGUCUACCUGAACACGGUGGAGGCCUAUGACCCCCAGACCAACGAGUGGACUCAGGUGGCGUCGUUGUGCUUGGGUCGAGCCGGAGCCUCUGUGGUUGCCGUCAAGCUGUGAUGCUCCGCCCCCUGAGGACUGUUACCGUGGUGAUUUUUGUACAGCUUUCUGUUUCAUUGGACUUGGAGGCAUCAGAGCACACACACACACAUACGCACGCACACACAUGCGCACACACACACUCCCUCAUUAACCAGUUCAUUUGUUUCAUUAAGCCAGUUAAUCUCCUCCUAAUGUCUUGGGAUUCUUUUUCUUUCACCAUUGAUUCCUCCUUGUGUGGGAAAACAAGGAAUGGAUGAUCUGGAUGAGUGAAAGAAGGAGGGAUGAACUAAGGGACAAUUGGAUGGAUGAGAAGAAAAAAUAGCAGGUUCUUAAUGAACCUCUCCUUCCUUUCUUGUAUCUUGUAUUCUGUCUCUUUCUUUUUUUUUUUUUUUGAGUCAUGUGCCUUUAUUAUGUGGCCUUGUGUAUCUACUUUGCAAUGAGAGACAGAAAUAUAUGAAGUGUGCGUGCGUGUCUGUGUGCGCACGUGUGUGUGUGAUUCAGAUUUUUUCCCUCUUGUUCAUUGACUUGUGUGUGUCAGCGUGUCAGUCGGCUGUCAGUCAGACAACACAGAAAUCUUUAGAAACCACAGAGUUCAGAACACCAGGGCAGCUGCUGCAAGGUAUUAUGGGUUAUGAAUAAUUAAAAAAAGAGAUGCUAAACUAACACACCUGUGUUCAGCGCUGACAAUGUAAAUGACAUUAAUAAAUGUUACAUACUGUCGUGUGGAUUAGCUGUCAAUCAAACCUGUGUGCUGUUCUGAUUGGCUGUAUGGUCAGGGUUCUGUCUGAUUCCCCAGCGGGAGGUUAAAGGUUGUAACUACACUAACCUCAUGGAUAAAGAGGUGGAGGAGUGAUGAGUGAACACAGUGAGACAGAAGGAGGGUAACAGGGAUGGAGAGUGAGAUGGAAGGAGGGUGAGACGGAUGGAGAGUGAGACAUAUGUAGAGUGAGGUGGAAGGAGGGUGAGACAUAUGGAGAGUGAGGCGGUGGAGAGUGAGGUGGUAGAGAGUGAGACAUGGAGAGUGAGACAGAAGGAGGGUGAGACAUAUGGAGAGUGGUGGAGUGUGAGGUGGUAGAGAGUGAGACAUGGAGAGUGAGACAGAAGGAGGGUGAGACAUAUGGAGAGUGUGGUGGUGGAGUGUGAGGUGGUAGAGAGUGAGACAUGGAGAGUGAGACAUGGAGAGUGAGACAUGGAGAGUGAGACAUGGAGAGUGAGACAUGGAGAGUGAGACAGAAGGAGGGUGAGACAUAUGGAGAGUGUGGUGGUGGAGUGUGAGGUGGUAGAGAGUGAGACAGAAGGAGAGUGAGACAUAUGGAGAGUGUGGUGGUGGAGUGUGAGGUGAAAGAAGGGUGAGGCAAUGGAGAGUGAGGUAGUAGAGAGUGAGACAUAUGGAGAGUGAGGCGGUGGAGAGUGAGACAUGGUGAGUGAGACAUGGUGAGUGAGACAGAAGGUAAUUUAGCAGCAGAAAAAGGACAGUCUGAAAUACGAGAUGAAAUGGCAGAAAACGAGGACAAAAAUGAGGCCAGUGUCUGAGCUCAAAAUGGAAGACGUGUAGAAGCUCAGCCUCAGAUUCAGACAGCGAUGA